UGGACUAGACCUCGUCACACUGGACAUUUUCAGUCUUUUUGGGGCGGACGGUGGGGGGGUGGGGGGUGGAGUCAUGCGCGUUGAGACAUUCUGCCAUCCAUGUCACUCAUUUCAGCAGAACAAUAACUAAACGUCCAUUUUUUGACAGAGCCAAGAUGCCGGGGACUUCAAAUUGCCAUCUUGCGACAGCUGCGCUCACUGUGCUGCUGGUGUGUGUGUCGUCCUUCAACGUGGACCAGAAGAAUAGCUUGUCCUUCAAUGGCCCGCUGGAGGACAUGUUUGGUUACACCGUCCAGCAGUUUGAAAACAGCGAGGGCAAAUGGGUUCUGAUUGGAUCUCCACUGUCGGGCCAGCCGGCAAAACGUACAGGCGAUGUCUACAAGUGUCCUGUGGGUAGGGGGAACAGCACAUGUGUUAAACUACAGCUCCCAGAAAACACCACCAUUCCCAACUUACACGAAGUCAAGGAGAACAUGACUAUGGGAACCACGCUCGUGUCCAAUCCCAGCGGCGGAUUCUUGGCAUGUGGUCCGCAGUAUGGUUACAUGUGCGGUCAGCAGCAGUACAUCUCGGGGGUUUGCGCCAACGUCAGUUCGUCCUUCCAGGUUCUCAGCUCGGUGGCACCGGGUGUUCAAGAGUGUGCCAAGGAGCUGGACAUCGUGAUUGUCCUGGACGGCUCCAACAGCAUCUACCCGUGGACCAGCAUCAUCGAUUUCCUGGUCCGCUUCAUCGAGAACAUUCAAAUCGGACCCAAACUCUCGCAAGUAGGCAUUGUGUCCUACGGCGAGACGGUGACCCACCGCGUCAACCUGAGCCAGUUCGACAACACUGCCGCCCUGCUGGAUUUCGUACGUGAGCUCCCACAGCAGACCGGCUUCAAAACAAUGACUUUCCUGGGCAUUGACACUGCCAGGAGGGAGGCGUUCAUGCCGGAGCGAGGUGCCCGACCUGGCGUGAAGAAAGUGAUGGUGAUCGUGACCGAUGGAGAAUCGCAUGAUUUCCACAACCUCAACCCGGUCAUCGGUGACUGCGAGGAGGAUGGCAUCGAGAGGUUUGGCAUCGCUGUUCUGGGUGACUACAACCGACAGAACAAGAGCGCUGAGGAAGUGCAGAAAUUCAUCAAGGAGAUCGCAUCCAUCUCUAGUCAGCCACUACGUGAUCACUUCUUUAACGUGUCAGAUGAGGUGGCGCUGUUGACCAUCGUGGAUGCGCUGGGCAGCAAGAUCUUUGCCCUGGAAGCUACGACCGGCAAUUUCACCUCGUCAUUCGACAUGGAAAUGUCGCAAGCUGGGUUUAGCGCACAUGCUUCCAAAGACGGCUUGCUACUGGGAGCGGUGGGAGCAUAUGACUGGAACGGCACUGUGAUAAUGUCCAACGGCGAGGGAGCCAUUUAUCCAGACAAGAACCAUUUCUUUGACCCUGAAAGUGAAGCCGGGUAUGAAAGACUGGCCGGCUAUCUUGGUUACGACGUCCAGUCGGCGUCCACCCCCGAUGGGGUGCUGUACAUCACGGGGGCGCCGCGGUACAACCACACGGGCCGCGUUGUCAUCUACCGGCUGAAGGACAAGGACGUUGUCAUCUCGCAGACGCUCGGAGGGGAACAGAUCGGUUCGUACUUUGGCAGCGUGCUGCAGACUCUGGACGUGGACGGCGACUCAUACACAGACCUCCUGUUGGUGGGCGCUCCCAUGUUCAUGGGCUCCGACAGAGACGAGCAGGGCCAAGUGUACGUCUACAAGCUCAAGCAGGACGGCCACUUUGCCCACGAAUUCACACUAAAGCCGGUCAACCAGUCAUGCUGCAGCGUCAGCUCGUCCGGCUGCACACACAAAAACGAGCCGUGCGGCGCCCGUUUCGGCACGGCCAUCGCCGCCGUGUCUGACCUCAACCUGGACGGCUUCAACGACGUGGCCAUAGGAGCGCCCUUCGAAAACGACCACAGAGGGGGCGUGUACAUCUACCACGGCGACAGCAAGCGGUCGCUCAAAGAGAAGUUUGUGCAGCACAUCCCAGCGGGUGGAAAUGACGAUAAGAUGAAGUUCUUUGGUCAGUCCAUACAUGGAGUCAUGGAUCUCAAUGGAGACGGAAUCACCGAUGUGACUAUCGGGGGACUCGGAGGGGCAUCAUUGUUCUGGUCCAGAGACGUGGCGGAGCUCCGUGCCAACCUGACGUUCGACCCUGCCAAGAUCAACCUGCAGCAGGCCCAGUACCAGUGCGAACACCUGGGACGCAAAUCUGUGUGUGUUACCACAGACGUGUGUUUCGUCUACAGCGUCAAAUCCGACAAGCAGGAUCUGAAGACCAAAGCAGUGAUUCGUUACGAUCUAACUCUGGAUGCUCUGCGGGCGAAAGCCAGGGCUUCUUUUGUCAACUCGGACGACAAGAGCGACCGACGGAUUUCCAGAACGGUUGCCGUGGAGGACCGACGGAUCACUUGCGCAAGGGAGAUGUUCAUGAUGUCGGCCCGACUGGACUUCCGUGACCCUCUCAUGGUGUCGCUGGACUUUGGACUGGUCAACGAAGACCAAGGCCCGGUCCUGGAUGAAAGCCUGCCCACGUCCAUUAACAAGACGAUUCCCUUGGUAGACUGUGGCAGCGACCAGCGGUGCAUCGCUGACCUCUCCCUCCAAGCAGAGCCCAGCGUAACAGGCUUGGUGAUCCGAGCCAAGAAGGACAAACUGGACGUGAACAUCCGCGUGAGAAACAGCAAAGACAACGCCUACAACACCAAAGUGGUCGUCAGCUUCACGCCAAACAUCAACUACGUCAAAGUGGAGCCGGACAAAGACUGCACUCUGAAUCACACCAAAGUGGAAUGUGCGGUGGGGUACCCCUUCCUGGGGAGCGAUGUGGAGGAAGCUUUCAAGGUAAAGUUCGAGGUGAAUCCUAAUCACAUCCAUCACAACAUACAAAUCAACGUGACAGCCACAAGCGAUAGCGAAGAGCUUACCUCCACCCUCAACGACAACACGGUGCACAUCUCCAUCCCCGUCAAGUACGAGGCCGGGCUCGUGUUCACUGUGCGUCCAGUGGACGAGCAUGUGGUGGUGAAAGAGGGCGAGCAGUACUUGGGUGUGUUCAACGACACCCGCAUGAUCGGCGAGGAGGUCAACAUCAGCUACACAGUGGAGAAAGCAGGUGAUAAAGUGACUCCUCCCCUCGAUCUGAAGGUGACCUACCCUGAGCUGUCGCCUCGUAACAAUUACUUGCUGUACUUGACGCACGUCAUCACCAGCCCGCAGAUGAAAUGUGACGCGGCCGCUUCGAUCAACCCUCUUAAUCUCAACCCGGACGUCAUAAAACCCAAUCCAAACAAAGAAACGCUCAGCGUCUUUCUUCUGAGCUGCGACAACCUUCCGUGCGCCUCAUUCAAAUGCUUCAUCCCGGAGGCCAAAAUCAGUCAGGUCAACAUUACCUUCAGAGUGUGGAAGCCCACAUUCAUCAAGGCGGACUUUUCCAGUCUGUACAUGCUGGUGAACGCCACCCUGGGGAGCAGAAACACAGAUCUAUUUGUGCUGAGCACCAGUGACAGCACUAGAACUGUGAAGAUCCAAGUCUCCAAGGAGAGCUCAGGGGGAAUCCCGAUAUGGAUCAUCAUCAUCAGCAUCCUUAUAGGCCUUCUCAUUUUAGCGCUAGUCAUCUUCGCUCUGUGGAAGAUGGGCUUCUUUAAGCGAAAAUCCCGGGAGUUGUCCAAGGAGGAAAUGAUGGAUUGAGGCUUACACGUGAACAGGAAGUGAGCGCCACUUCUGGAGUCACUUAAAAAAAAAAAAAAAAAAAACACUUUGAGUGUGUGACGACACACAACGACUACCUUGGAGUGCAAAAAGCCAUUCAACGGAGCCCAUCACUGAUACGGGCAAAGUCCAUGUUUGCAUUUGGACUGUUAUGCACUUCAAUUGGAAAAAAAGAAUGCACUUUUUUUGCUAUGACCAUCCAAAGUGGCGACAUCACCACGUGUGCUGUACAGACUCUAUAUGACAGGGAUGGGGCACCUUUUUCUUAUUUCAGUUUCCGUAAAGUGUUGUAUCAUUAUCAGGCUCUUGGAAUCACUGUUUAUUGUUAUGUCAGCAUGGCCGAAGUCUUACCAAUUUUGGCACACACACGAGUAUCCUGGUGAAAAUACACAUAUUUUAGGGGUCCCAGACAUUGCUUCUAAAACCUCACUCUGUAGUGUCCCCUAAAAAUGUUUAAACUAAAUAGCCCCCAACCCCAGUCUCACAGAGCCACACGAAAUAUGGUGAACAUGUCUCCCGUGACGGCAUGGUGGUCGACUGGUUAGCACACCUGAGCGGGGUUCAAAUCCCGGGUCCCUCUGAGGAGUUUGCAUGUUCUCCCCGUGCCUGUGUGGGUUUACUCCGGGCACUCCGGUUUCCUCCCACAUCCCAAAAACGUGCAUGGUAGGUUGAUUGAGGACUCUAAAUUGUCCUUAGGUGUGAAUGUGUGCGCAAAUGGUUGUUUGUUUAUACGUAUCCUGCCAUUGGCUGGUGACCAAUUAAGGGUGUACCCCGCCUCUCGCCCGAAGUUAGCUGGGAUAGGCUCCAGCACGCCCGCGACCCUUUUGAUGAUAAAGCGGUACAGAAAAUGGAUGGAUGGAUGUCUCCCAUGACAGGACGCACAAAAAGGUCUCACGGGCCCAUGUCUGGAAUUGAACAGGAAGUCACCCACUUUGGGUGAAUUACAUUAAAAAGGUGCCUAAAAUUUUAGAGAGCAAUUAGCCCCUCACACCAGUGUUACUCAUCAAUAUGAAACUGGGAGGACAUGUUGAUCACGACAGGAUGACGGGAUGCACAAAACGACGGGAUGCACAAAAAAGUCUCAAAGAUCCGUGACCGAAAUUAAACAAGAAGUCGGCCAUUUUGAAUGAAUUACUUGAAGAUGGUGCCAAAGAGCACAUGAUAAGGAGCAAGAGAGUUUCAGCGAUCAGUAUGAAAUUGGGUGGACAUGUCGCUCAUGGCAGGACAAGGACCCAUGCCUGAAAUUGAACAGUAAAUUGGCCAUUUUGAGUAAAUUCUGUGAAAAAAGUGCCUAGAAAUUUAGAGAGAGAGAAAAAAAUAGCCCCUGACACUAGUUUCACCGGUCAACACGAAAUUUGAUUGACACGUCUGUUUUGACAUUAAGCACAAAAGCCAUUCUUGGUGAAUGCUUUGAAAAAGGCACCCUAGAAAGACCCAGACAGCAGUUUUACCAAUCAAGAUGAAAAUAGGUGGAUAUGUCUAUAGCAAGACAUAAAAAGUCUCAAGGACCCGUACCCAAAAUUGAACAGGAAGUCCACCAUUUUGGUUUGAAACAGCCACUUUGGACCAGGAUGCUCAUACUCUCCUGCGAGAGAAUUCGCCCUGAAGGGCUGCUUCAAGCCCAGACUUCCUGUUUUAUUUCCAGCAUGGGACCUUGCGACUUUUUGUAAAAGAGGGUGCGAGGGCCCGUCCAUCGCUGUACACAGCUUUAAUGAAAUAUUCUCAUCAUUGGUGCGUUAAAUGUUUUUUUCCUGUUGUGGCUGCAGGUUUCCCCACCCCAGAGACACUGUAUGUAUAUUUGAACAUUUUCCAGCAUGCUAGCGUCAUGGCACAUUUCUUCACAUCCUGUUUUUUUUUUAAUAUAUUUUAUUUUGCCAAAAGAUCCAACUAUUUGUAUGUCCUUUUUGUUUGGUCUUUUUUCUUUAAUCCCAUAACCUCCGACUUUACUGUAAAUAUCACAAAAUUUAAGCUUCAAAAUGUACAUAAAUGUUUUUGGGUUUUUUUGGCUGUCGUUGCUGCAAUAAUUCAUGUAAUUUAAGAGACGUCGCCCACAAGCCUUGUUUUUGUACUCAGGUAUUAUGACAUAUGUUAUAAUGUAGACACUAAUUAGACGUAGAUGAUGUUUUUUUUUUUUUUUUUUUUAAAGUUCUUUGUCCGUUUUCACCUAUUUGCAUAGAUAGACUAAAUGUGGUCUGGAAUCACUUAUUUUCUUUUAUAAGAGCUCAAAGCAAAACGAACGACACUGCUGUGAAAUCUUCAAUGUGAUGAUGCACUGGUUUGUUUUGUCGAGCUGUCUCACUUCCUAGUCAACACACACAAACUGAAUGAAUGCUCUGUAUGAAAUAAAAGCUUUUUUUUUUUUUAACUCGACUGUUAAUUGCAUAUUUUGACAGACGUAGCAUAUUAUAUUUGUAAAGAAGAAUGUGUGAUACAGCUCUUGUAUGAGAAUGUCUAGGUGUAUGCAGAUUUUGUAAAUUCAAAUGUCAUAUAUACUGUGUUCUUUAUGUAACAUAUUUUAAAUCUAUUCAGUUUGUUAUCUGUAUUACAGUGUAUACAUAUUUCAAAACAAAUUUAAAUCUAUUUUCAAGUUUACCAUUUUUUUUUACUUUAGUAUCUUUUUUCA